UUGUCUCAGUGGGCAGAGGAUAAAAGCAGCCCUGGAGGCCGUGGGAACCGCGCUGCCCCGACUCGGCUACCCCUUGCUGGGCGGCCGUGCGGAGCAGCUCUGCCUGGCGUCUCCGGGUCGCUUAGCGGCCGAGGAGACGCCAUCCCUUUGCCCUUUUGUAGGAUCGCCGAAACCCGGAGGGCGACAUCCAUUGCUGUCACCACUGGAAAGCCCGCUGCCCAGCAGCAAAACGCAGGCCAUUGAAACCAAAUCUGAAACUGAAUUCUGUGAGACUGAUUGCAGAGCUGCCCAGUCUUGGUGCCUUUAGGUUCCCCGGAUCAGCGACCCAAUCCCCAGGGUGGACGAAGAUUGAAUAUAUCCCGGAGGUGAGCUUUGUCUGAAGCCACCGGUUGCAGACCUGGAAGUCAAAUAAAGCCUUCCCACUAAAAUCAGACGAAGACGGAGUCUGCGAGCGUGCCAGCAGAUUAGGUUUUCCUGAAAAGCCCUAGCUGCUUGUGAUCCUUGGAGCCUCCAACCUCCAAUCGGCACCGAUCAUGGCUAGCAUCCUGGCCCGGAUGGCGAGUAGCCGUAGGCAGAAUUCCUCCUUGCCGCCUUGGGCUUAUUCCAUGCUGAGGUCCUUGAGGUCUAGUCUUCGUCCUUUGAUAGCUAACAUGGCAGAGAGAAACAUGAAGCUGUUUUCUGGGCAGGUGGUGCCAGCUCAGGGGGAGGAAACCUUUGAAAACUGGCUGACCCAAGUCAUUGGGGUCCUGCCAGAUUGGAAUAUGUCUGAGGAGGAAAAACUUAAGCGUUUGAUGAAAACUCUUCGGGGCCCUGCCAGGGAAGUCAUGCGUUUGCUGCAGGCCUCGAACCCUAACCUCAGUGUGGCCGAUUUCUUGCGAGGGAUGAAAUUGGUGUUUGGGGAGUCUGAAAGCAGUGUGACUACCCAUGGGAGGUUUUUCAACACCCUGCAGGCCCAAGGGGAGAAGACCUCCCUGUAUGUGAUACGGUUAGAGGUGCAGCUCCAGAACGCAAUUCAGGCAGGGAUUAUAGCUGAGAAAGAUGCAAAUCAAAUUCGCCUGCAGCAGCUCCUUUUAGGGGCUGACUUGAGUAGGGACAUGCGCUUCCGGCUGAAGCAUUUUCUCAGGGUGUAUGAGAAUGAGCAGGAGGGCAUUCCUGAUUUCCUGGAAUUAAUCAGAAUGAUCAAAGAGGAAGAGGACUUGGAUGAUACUUUUGUGAGAAGCAAGCGUGCCAGAAGAGAUGAGUCAACGGCGGGGAGGGAAGCCAGCCCAGAGGCAACUGAGGCCUCUUCCCCCAUGGCGAUCAGCAAUGCUGACUCUGAAGUGAUAGAGAUAGAUGACAGCCUUGAUGAGGACUCAGAUGAGGAUGUGAUACUGGUGGAGUCUCAGGAUCCCCCGCUUUCAUUCUCAGGUUCUCUUCCCCCCAGACGCAGUCCCACACCCGAAGAUGAAGUGCUUAUCAUUGAUUCUCCUAACAGUUCCCCACCUCAGUCUCCUUCCACAAGUGGGGUUUCUCAGUUUAAUAAUAGUACUGGGGAGAUGCGCCGAGCCAGGAAACGCAAAUACACUCUCCACUGUUCUUACUGUGGGGAGGAGGGUCACUCUAAGGAGAACUGUGAACUUGACAGGGCCCACACAUUUGAGAAUCUGAUCGUCACUCUGCAGGAUUUAACACAUAUGGAGGAGGAAGGGGCCAGAGAGGUCCCUGGGUAUCUGAAUAACCCCUAUGAGCUGUAUGAGAUCCUUAACCCUCUGCUUUAGAUGAGCACGAGCUUAUGCUCAUUCCAGUCAUGGGAAAACAGGGAGGGAGGCUUCUAAUUGCAUGAAUUAAUCUAUAAAGGGGUUUGGUUUGGGGGUGUCAGAGAAAACAUCUUGGCACCAGCCCAGUGACCUCUGUUCUUCCUCCCUCACCGCCGCACUCACCCCUGUUGCCCUAGUAUCUGUUUUCUUUGUGUGCCUGUUUCUUUGACAACUUUAUUCUCUUCACGAAAGUGGUUUCAUUCAUUGUUAAGUCAUCAAAAAUAAAGAGUAUAAACAGUGCAGGAAAAUGCACUCUACCUAUGUAUAAUCUUUGUCAACCCUUUGAUGAAUGUUUAUCUAGAUAUUUCCCUCUAUUUGUGUAUCCAGAUAGAUCUUUGUCAAGAUACAACUAAUCAAAUAUAAGUGCUGCUCUAUAGUCUGUAUUUUUUCACCAAACUAUCUAUGUUGUAAACUUCUUUCUAUGUGAAUAAAGAUAGUCAUAACUAUU